AAAAAAAAAAGCUCGGAGUUCCGUUUCCAGAGGGAUUCAGUUGGCGCCUUAAAAGCGCCAAAUUGAAAAAUGUCGAGGAGUAACGAACCAGCUCACUGACUGAAACUAGCAUCGCUCAGUUAGUUUGAUGUUGGAUGUGGUCUUUAACACCGUAGCGAAAGUCUCUCUGUCAUGGAGGAGCUCUUCAGCAAAGUGUUGCAGGUUAAUGUCCGCUGCAGGGACUGCGAGGAAAGAAAAACAAAUGUGCGUGUCACCAUUGAGCUUCAGGUGACAACAAGUCCAGCACACAAAAGAGAUCUUCUAGUAAGAAUAACAGAUGAUAUAGAUCCAUAUUUUCUCUUCAACCUUGCAAUAUCAGAAGAGGAUUUCCAAAGCUUGAAAGUCCAACAGGGCCUUCUGAUAGACUUUGCAUCAUUUCCUCAGAAGUUCAUUGACCUGCUUAACCUGUGCUAUUCCGAACAAGAGUCAGACAGUCCAAGGUUUCUCCUUCAUUUGUCAUGUCAGUCUCCAGUCCUGGAAGGCCCUGCCAACUUCAGUGUCAUAGAGACAAAUGCAUUCAAGCACCUUAACCACUUGUCUUUACGGCUUUCUCAAGCUUCUGACAAAGAGGUUAAAAACUACCUGGCAGUUUGUCUCUCCUCUCUGAAGGCAGAGAAGCAGACCAUAGAAAUGAAGCUUAAGAAGACUGAAGAUGAUCUGACCAGGCAGCUAAAUUAUGCUCAACAGACUCUGUCUGAGAAGACUAAAGAGUUGGACAAAUUACGCUCAGAGUGGACGAAUCAGACCAGCUCCCUGUCCAGCCUUCAUUCUCAGGAGCUGCAGUUGGAGAGAGCAAAGUCUAUGGAGUUACGAAGCACGUUUCAGCAGCAGAGAGAGCAGCUUCGUCAGGAGUUGGAGAAUGCUCAUAAAAAGAGCAGCCAGCAGCUUAACAGUAGGCUGACAGAGUUGGAGGCCUCAUGCCGAGAACUGACAGAGAAGAAAUACAAGAAUGAGUCUGUCAUUCGGGACCUUAAGAUUAAACUAGCUGGUGCAGACGAGGAAUGCCAGCAUUUAAAGCAGCAGGUCCUGUCCCUCAGGAGGGAGAACAGCACCCUGGAUACAGAAGUUCAUGAGAAGGACCGCUCGGUGAGCCAGCUACAGAUGAGAGUGGCUGUUCUGGAACAGGAGAUCAAAGAUAAAGAUCAGCUGAUGCUUCGCACUAAAGAAGUACUGGAAGCCACACAGCAGCAGAAGGAAUCUGUGGAAGAAAAUGCAGAAAGUAAGGAACUUCAGAUUCGAAAACUUGAAGCUACAGUGAAAUCACUGUCUGAGGAGCUGAUAAAGGCUAACGGUAUCAUUAAGAAGCUGCAGGGAGAAGUUCGAGGCCUAGUUGGAAAAAUAAAAGUCAAGAACACUGUGACAGUGUCACAGGAAAAAGUUCUCCAGGAAACUUCAGAGAAACUUCAGUGUGUUGAAAAGGAUCUACAAAGUGCUCAGCAACAGAUCAUCACUAAGGAUGAGCAGGUUUCAAAACUCAAGGAACAGUUGGAGACCACAGUACAGAAGUUGAAUGAAACCAAAGAAGUGCUGAAAACAAAUGAGAAUGUUAUAAGUUGGCUUAACAAGCAGCUAAAUGAAAAGCAGCUGUCCAGAAAAGCACAGUGUCUGGAAUCAUUGGAGAAUCCUGAAGUUUUAACCACAACAACAGGACUCAGGGCACAGUUUUAUCCUCAGACAGGUAAACCUGUUGGAUCUCCUGUGGUGGCUGCUGACGCCAUUCCUAUUGAUCAGCGUGCUGGGAAAUCAUCUAACGCGCAGACUGGAGCCUCUGCAGGUCUGGAUUCUAAGUACUUUGAGAGAAGAGAUGACAGCAUCUCGAUCUAUGGUCUGCCAUCUAAUCCACUUCAAAGAGAGUUCCCUCAGCGUCCAAAGCCUUCCAUAGCAUCUGCUUACUUCUCCUCAUAAAACACAAGCUGCUGCAUCUUUGAGCUGCAGCUGCAGAAUAGUUAAGAUAGAAAUGGACGUAAAACCAUCAAAAACCACCUGCAGGACCAUGAGCUCUUGUACAAAACUGUUAUUGACUUGUUGUGUUGAGUAAACUUGUUUUAAGGAGGGUUUUUUUGUUGUUAAUUCAUGUGCAAAAAUUAUUCUUUAAAUUGUUCUAUAUGGCUAUUUCCGGUGAUCGCGGAGAGUGAAUUGUAUUUGAAUUAAAAUCAUUCUGCUUUUCUUCUACAUUGUACAUGUUUCAGUCAUUUAGUGUUUGUCUUGUAUUUGUGUUUUUUGCUGUACAGCUUUACCUUUAAUAAACUUCUCCAGUCUCA